AUGCCCCCAAAAAGACAGCUUGUGAAGCUAAAGGUGUCCCCCGAGUUCCUUAAGACACUUCCCGUAUUCGCCACGCCGAAAGCGAAACGGGUAAAGAAGGUAGCUGAAGAAAAGAAAAGUGACAAAGCUGGUGAUGGGAAGCACCUGUCACCAGGGCUAGACGAGCCAGCAAGUGCAAGGAUAAAUACCGGGCUGAAGGAGUUGUCCACUGCUGGUCUCACAGUGCACAGUGUGAACGCUAACUUUGCGCUCGAUAAGUCUGGUAGACCGGCAAAGAGGUGGGUGCGUGGCACUAGACAGUUUAAAACGUUCAGUGGAUUCAAGGUGAAGAUCAAGACGUGGAAGAACAAGAGCGAGCGUGGAGAGAAGGAAAAAACGGAAAAGACGGAGUCCAAAGACGGGAGCCCGGUGAUUGAACCGCCGCUGAAUUCUCUUCCAAAACAAGAGGAUAUGAACCUGGUGACUUCUUCUGAGCCUUCAGCCAUCACUGCUUGA